CGCAAUUUCGCAUCGAGAGAGAAACCUAAAACCCUGCCCUCCCGAUGGCGGCGGCGAACGGCGGCGCCUCUCGGCGCUCGCGGCCGAACAUGCUGGUGACGGGUACGCCGGGCACGGGGAAGACGACGACGUGCUCCCUCCUCUCCGAAGCCGCGGGCCUCCGCCACGUCAACAUCGGCGACCUCGUCCGCGAGAAGAGCCUCCACGACGGCUGGGACGACGACCUCGAGUGCCACGUCAUCAACGAGGACUUGGUCUGCGACGAGCUUGAGGACAUGAUGGAAGAAGGUGGUAUUCUGGUAGAUUACCACGGAUGUGAUUUCUUUCCAGAGCGUUGGUUUGACCUAGUAGUUGUGCUCCAGACUGAUAACUCAAUUCUGCAUGAUCGCUUGACCAGCAGAGGCUAUACGGGUUCCAAGCUCUCAAACAACAUAGAGUGCGAGAUCUUCCAAGUGCUCCUGGAGGAGGCGAGGGAGAGCUACAAAGAGGACAUUGUGAUGCCCUUGCGAAGCGACAACGUGGAGGAUAUUAGUAGGAACGUAGGUACAUUGACAGACUGGGUAAAUAACUGGAGAUCAUCCUGUUGAGCUAGUUGGCCUGUUAAACCUAUAUGUUGCCGUAGGGGUAGUACCUACACCACCCCCCCCCCCCCCCCCCCCC